AGUGGCAAAUACGAUAUUUCUACGUCAUUCAGCUUUCAUCUCUAUAAAUUCACUUAAUUAUUAAAAUAAGGAAGAGACGUGCAAAAAUGAAUGGACUACGUUUCGUCUGCGUUAAACUCAUAUUAUGCAUCUUCAUAAUUCCCAGCCUAGCUGUGCCAGAACUAAAAUUGUUGCACGUUUUGUUCACGCAUAAGUUGUACGCGCCGAGGGAAGACGACGCGAAGAGAAACGAGACAAGCAUCCCGGAAAUCUUGUCGUACAAAUACUUUACUUCCGCCACGAUGAGCAUGCCGAUAAAAGCGAAUCUCAACAUGUAUAAUCUCGGGGUGUAUCUGCGCGAGAGGUACGACGAAUUUUUAGGGGACAUAUAUACGCCCGAUGUCACAAAGAUGCACACGACUGAGUACGCCUUAUCAAUGCUAUCAGCCCAGCUUGUCAAUGCCGGCUUAUGGCCCCCCGCGAUAAAUCAAAUAUGGUUUGAAGAUCUCAAUUGGCAACCGAUACCGAGCGAAUAUCAGGAACUGGAGAAAGACACAUUGCUACUGGGUUUCCUGUGUCCAAAUUUCGUUUCACAAAUGGACCAAGUAUUGCGAAGAACUGAAACGCAAAAGAUGACAGCACGGUAUCAACCUUUGUUCGAUCAUCUUUCUCGAUAUACUAGAAGAAAUAUUAGCACGCCAACGGAUGUUGUACUCUUAUAUGCUACUUUAGAAACUAUGGCUGAUCAAAAUAAAACAUUGCCCAAUUGGGCGAUCGACGUGUUUCCCGACGGUGCCAUGUAUAACGUCAUCUUACUAGAGUAUGAUCUCCUUUCGACGACUCCUCUGCAAAGGCAGCUUAACGGUGGAACUCUUUUAAAAGAGAUUAUCGGCAAUUCAUUAAAGUACAAAACAGGCAAUUUAUCGAAAAAACAAAAAAUAAUAUUGUACAGCGGCGACGAAAGAAACAUUGUCGGGGUUUUGAAAAAUCUCGAUCUGUGGUCGCCUCAUAUGCCUAACGAAGCGGCAGCAUUAAUAUUCGAAUUAUAUUUCGAUAACGAUACAGACAUAUACGGAAUGAAGAUUAAUUAUUAUACUGGUAUCGACGGCACGACGAUCCCUCUGACUCUAUCAAACUGCACAGAGAUAUGGCCACUGCAGACUUUAAUAAAUAUUACUUUUGAUUGGAUACCAAAGAAUCCGCAAUCUUUAUGCGGAUGGUCCGUCAAGAACUCUACAGAAAUAGAAGAUCAAUUAGAAGAAAGCAAAAAAAUGGAUACUUUGAAUUGCAAUGGAUCCGUUUCGUGUCAUAGCGAGAAAUUGCUAUUAAUUUUUAUCUUAUUAUACUUUGCACCUUUUAACGCUUAGAGAUGUAAUGUACAAUAUACAGAGAAACAUUUUUACAUAAUAUAACUUAUUAAUUAAUAAUAUAA